AUGAGAGAUUGGUGUAUCAGUGAAGUGUGUAUCAGUGAAGUGGGUUUCGGUGAAGUGUGUAUCAGUGAAGUGUGUAUCAGUGAAGUGUGUCUCAGUGAAGUGUGUAUCAGUGAAGUGUGUAUCGGUGAAGUGUGUAUCGGUGAAGUGUGUAUCAGUGAAGUGUGUAUCAGUGAAGUGUGUAUCAGUGACGUGUGUAUCAGUGAAGUAUCAGUGAAGUGUGUAGCAGUGAAGUGUGUCUCGGUUGUUCUCGGUGAAGUGUGUAGUGAAGUGUGUAUCAGUGAAGUGUGUAUCAGUGAAGUGUGUAGCGGUGAAGUGUGUAUCGGUGAAGUGUGUAUCAGUGAAGUGUGUAUCAGUGAAGUGUGUAUCGGUGAAGUGUGUAGCGGUGAAGUGUGUAUCAGUGAAGUGUGUAUCGGUGAAGUGUGUAGCGGUGAAGUGUGUAUCAGUGAAGUGUGUAUCGGUGAAGUGUGUAUCAGUGAAGUGUGUAUCAGUGAAGUGUGUAUCAGUGAAGUGUGUAUCAGUGAAGUGUGUAUCGGUGAAGUGUGUAUCAGUGAAGUGUGUAUCAGUGAAGUGUGUAUCAGUGACGUGUGUAUGAGUGAAGUAUCAGUGAAGUGUGUAGCAGUGAAGUGUGUCAGGUUGUUCUCGGUGAAGUGUGUAGUGAAGUGUGUAUCAGUGAAGUGUGUAUCAGUGAAGUGGGUUUCGGUGAAGUGUGUAUCGGUGAAGUGUGUAUCGGUGAAGUGUGUAUCAGUGAAGUGUGUAUCAGUGAAGUGUGUAUCAGUGAAGUGUGUCACAGUGAAGUGUGUAUCAGUGAAGUGUGUAGCGGUGAAGUGUAUCGGUGAAGUGUGUAUCGGUGAAGUGUGUAUCAGUGAAGUAUCAGUGAAGUGUGUAGCAGUGAAGUGUGUCUCGGUUGUUCUCGGUGAAGUGUGUAGUGAAGUGUGUAUCAGUGAAGUGUGUAUCGGUGAAGUGUGUAUCGGUGAAGUGUGUAUCAGUGAAGUGUGUAGCAGUGAAGUGUGUAUCAGUGAAGUGUGUAUCGGUGAAGUGUGUAUCAGUGAAGUGUGUAUCAGUGAAGUGUGUAGCAGUGAAGUGUGUCUCGUGUGUAGUGAAGUGUGUAUCAGUGAAGUGUGUAGCAAUGAAGUGUGUAUCAGUGAAGUGUGUAUCGGUGAAGUGUGUAGCAGUGAAGUGUGUAGUAGUGAAGUGUGUAUCAGUGAAGUGUGUCUCGGUGAAGUGUGUAUCAGUGAAGUGUGUAUCAGUGAAGUGUGUAGCAGUGAAGUGUGUAUCAGUGAAGUGUGUAUCAGUGAAGUGUGUAUCAGUGAAGUGUGUAUCGGUGAAGUGUGUAUCGGUGAAGUGUGUAUCGGUGAAGUGUGUAUCGGUGAAGUGUGUAUCAGUGAAGUGUGUAUCAGUGAAGUGUGUAGCAGUGAAGUGUGUAGCAGUGAAGUGUGUAUCAGUGAAGUGUGUCUCAGUGAAGUGUGUAGCAGUGAAGUGUGUAUCAGUGAAGUGUGUAUCAGUGAAGUGUGUAGCAGUGAAGUGUGUAUCAGUGAAGUGUGUAUCAGUGAAGUGUGUAUCAGUGAAGUGUGUAUCGGUGAAGUGUGUAUCAGUGAAGUGUGUAUCAGUGAAGUGUGUAUCAGUGAAUUGUGUAGCAGUGAAGUGUGUAUCAGUGAAGUGUGUAUCAGUGAAGUGUGUAUCGGUGAAGUGUGUAUCAGUGAAGUGUGUAUCAGUGAAGUGUGUAGUGAAGUGUGUAUCAGUGAAGUGUGUCUCGGUGAAGUGUGUAGUGAAGUGUGUAUCAGUGAAGUGUGUAUCGGUGAAGUGUGUAGCAGAGAAGUGUGUAUCAGUGAAGUGUGUAUCAGUGAAGUGUGUCUCAGUGAAGUGUGUAUCAGUGAAGUGUGUCUCAGUGAAGUGUGUAUCGGUGAAGUGUGUAUCGGUGAAGUGUGUAUCAGUGAAGUGUGUAUCGGUGAAGUGUGUAUCAGUGAAGUGUGUAUCAGUGAAGUGUGUAGUGAAGUGUGUCUCGGUGAAGUGUGUAUCAGUGAAGUGUGUAGCAGUGAAGUGUGUAUCAGUGAAGUGUGUCUCAGUGAAGUGUGUAUCAGUGAAGUGUGUCUCAGUGAAGUGUGUAGCAGUGAAGUGUGUCUCGGUGAAGUGUGUAGCAGUGAAGUGGUUGCGAUAUAUUGUGUUUAUGAAUUGAAAGCAGGAUUCAUUACUGCAUAUUCAUUGCAUUUUUUUGCAUUUUAUUAG